GGAGGGAAUAGCGCUCAACACUUAGCACCUCGUUUGGUAACCUAAACCUUGUGCCCGCCUCACUGUCCCGCAUGGCGUCGAGCAUUUUGCGUCGAAAUCGAAACUGGUAAUGCUUCCAAUGGCGAGGAGCCUGGUCCCUUCUUCAAAGCCCGCGUUCAGUCCAGGACGGUUGCGUCGGAGUGCGGCGCUCUCGUCGCAGAGCUAAAUUCUCCCUACACCGGAGCGCCAGAUACUCGUUCGAAUAGUUUGGUCGCGUAUGAUCGCGAGGUUCAAGCGUCGGGGAGGAAUUAGCAAUGUUCAACUAGUACACAGUGAAUGUGCACAAAUUUCACUGUGGAAUUCUGGAAAGGCGAUGAUUGAUUUCACCGAUCUGUUUUCUGUAAUUCAUCUGGUGUUGCGUGUUGAGAAAAAAGUUUGCAAUGGUGGGGAAUAGAUUCCAGCCAUGCAGGCUACUCCUUGCAGUGCUUGUAUUUUCAUUUGCCUGUCAUGCGACGUUAUCUCUAAGCCCGCGCUCGGAGUGCUACAUGCUGGACGUGGAUAAUCAUUUUUAUGACUUUACGGAUUGGAUUGGAAAGGAGUUUCAAUACACCGAUUUCCAGGAUGGGUCAACGUACACGCUUCGUUUCUGCAAGGACAUGCAAGUCAGAUCUGGCCAGUCAAUCAUAAAUUACGGUCGCUUCUCACCAGCGUACUCUUCGGCGCGGGACACUUCUGAUUCAUUUGUCCAAGAAUAUAGACAUGGAGACUUGAAGGGUUGCGAAAAUGAGGGUUACGACUACAGCGGUAGGGGGUCGAUGGUUUCCGUUAUAUCUGGCGCAUGCCCCAAUACAAAACCAUGCCAAGAUCCUUAUGGUUGCAUAUGCUACGUGGAAUCAACGCUGUCAAAAUGUUUGCUAACUUUGGUGGUGGGUCUAAAUUACGUGAAACUCAAAGGGCCCCGAGUUUUUAGCGAAUUUACCGUGGGUUUUAGUCCCCGCGGGAAAGAGGUGGUUGCUAAUGGUCUAACGCAGUGGGGUUAUGACGGUUUACACUCUGAUUAUAGCUUCACAACGCAGCAAUCGCAGGUUUUUUUUUACUUCUCAGCACAAAGCACUUCAGCAAGCAAUAUUGGGAAGCCUGCAUACAAGGUAUACCCAGAGAGAGGUUUGAAGGUGGAGCUCUCAGGGACAGCUUCAAAUGGGCUGCCCCCCACCGUCGAGUCACCUACUAUCUUGGAACUCGAUUGGCGAUGUGAAAGAAAGGCAUCCACGCCUUACUUGGUGAAUGUGACCAUUCCUAUUGCAGAUUAUGACCCUAUUGUGUUCACUUUGGGCAAAUACUGCGAUUACGAAGACAACGUAAAGCCUACCGGUUCAAGUGGAUGGGCAACUUUUGGUUUCCUGAUAUUUAUAUUGUUUGUGGGGCUUACCAUGUUCUGUUGUGCGGGUUUUCUUUACAAAACUAGAAUUGAAGACAAGCAUGGCUUGGACGCGCUACCUGGAUUUCCUUCAAUUUUGAACAUCAUUGAAUCUGCAAGCGGAAGUCGGAGUGGGUAUGUUCCCGCUGAUGAUGUUACUAACAUCACCAUUUCACACAACGAUUCUAGUAGCGGCAGUGGCAACCAUAGCCAGAGGUUGCCACGAAGUUCUGAUGGUCCCAGUUAUGGGGCCGUUUGAGUACGAGUAUAAUACAAAAAAUAACUCGUUAUAUUUUGUACCUGAAUGAGUGCAUAGGUGAGUUCUUUAUUGUAGAAAGGAUCGUGAUGAGCCGGAUGAGUUGAUGUUUAUGUAGACAAGAGUCUUUAAGGUCAGUACAUUCAAGUAUAGCGUUAGCUCGAUAACAUGGAGAAAUUUUCAGAGGUCUUCGAUUUCACCUGUGAACAUGUUCAUUACUGAGGGACGAUCUGUAUCAUGCUCAAUUUUCUUUAUGUUUGUCGACGCCUUAUCAA